CAGAGAGAAUUCAGUUGCAACCACGUCCGCUGGAUCGUGUCCCGCUGGUGCCCACUCUACGCUCGCACACAACGCCGCUGCCCUCCUCAUGUUACCCACUGCGAGUACAGGUACGUCUCCGAUAUUGCUUUUCGAGAAUGCAAGCCCACAGCACCCAUCGUCUGGGAGAGCAUGAUUAGGCGCAACAAC